AUGAUUAUUAUCGCUGCAUUGUUCGUGGUAUUGGGAGAGAUGGAGGAAAAGAGUGACAAACUAGCGCUGGAAGAAACUGCAUUUGAAGAAAUGGAAAGGGAUUUUCAGGAGGUUCUCAAUGAACUUUCAGGGGACAAAAGUCUGGAGAAAUUUAGAAUAGAAUAUGAGAAGCUUCAUGCUGUCAUGAAAAAGUCUUACGACAAUGAAAAGCGUCUGAUGGCCAAAUGCAGAGAGCUAAAUGCAGAGAUUGUGGUUAAUUCCGCGAAGGUCGCCACUGCCCUGAAGCUCUCCCAGGAUGAUCAGACCACCAUUGCAUCCCUGAAGAAGGAAAUCGAAAAGGCCUGGAAGAUGGUGGACUCAGCCUAUGACAAAGAGCAGAAGGCAAAGGAGAUGAUCCUUGCCCUGAAAGAGGAAAUAGUGAACCUAACCAAACUAGUGGAGCAGGGGUCUGGACUGUCCAUGGACCAGGAUAGCAAUAUCCGAGAUUUACUGAAGUUCAAAGAAGAAGUGACCAAGGAGAGAGACCAGCUCUUGUCUGAAGUGGUGAAAUUACGAGAGUCCUUAGCUCAGACCACUGAACAGCAGCAGGAAACGGAGCGGUGCAGAGAAGAGGCAGAGCAGGCCAUCAAUCAGUUCCAGCAAGAAAUCCAGCAACGUCAGAAUGAAGCUUCACGAGAGUCUCGGAAGAAGGAAAAACUAGAGAAAGAACUCAGGCAGAUUCAGAUGGACAUGGACACCAGGCAGACAGAAAUUAAGGCCCUCCAGCAAUAUGUGCAGAAAAGCAAGGAGGAGCUUCAGAAGCUGGAGCAGCAGCUGAAGGAGCAGAAGAUCUUGAAUGAAAGAGCAGCAAAGGAGCUGGAGCAGUUUCAGAUGAGAAAUUCAAAACUUCAGCAAGAGAACGAACAACACAGUCUGGUUUGUGAGCAGCUAUCCCAGGAAAACCAGCAGAAGUCUUUGGAGCUCAAAGCCAAAGAGGAAGAAGUCCAUCAGAUGCGGCUUGACAUUGGGAAGCUCAACAAAAUCAGAGAACAAAUCCAUAAGAAAUUGCACCAGAUUGAAGAUCAAAAGUCAGAAGUGGAACAGAACAAGGAAACUCUAAAAAAUCAGAUCUUGGGAUUAGAGAGAGAGGUGGAGGCUUCAAAGAAACAAGCAGAACUUGAUAAGAAAGCAAUGGAUGAGCUUCUGAGAGAAAGGGACAUAUUAAAUAAGAAUAUGCUUAAGGCGGUCAGUGCGACCCAGAAACAGGUAGACCUGGUAAAGCUCCAUGAGCAAGCCAAGAAGAACCUGGAGGAAGAAAUCCAGAACUACAAGGAUGAGGCUCAGAAGCAGAGAAAGAUCAUCUUUCAGCUGGAAAAGGAGCGAGAUCGGUACAUCAGUGAAGCCAGUGACCUGACCCAGAAGGUCCUCAUGAACAUGGAAGACAUAAAAAUCCGUGAAAUGCAGAUUUUUGACUACAGGAAAAAAAUUGCUGAAUCAGAGACUAAAUUAAAACAGCAACAGAACCUGUAUGAAGCUGUGAGGUCAGACAGGAAUCUGUAUAGCAAAAAUCUGGUUGAGGCUCAGGAUGAAAUAACAGAAAUGAAGAGAAAAUUAAAGAUUAUGACCCAUCAGGUAGAUCAGCUGAAAGAAGAAAUCUCAGCCAAAGAGUCAGCACUUGUGAAGCUACAUCUGGAACAGCAGCGGAUAGAGAAGGAGAAGGAAACUUUGAAGGCCGAGCUGCAGAAGCUAAGACAACAAGCUCUGGAGACCAAACACUUCAUUGAAAAGCAGGAAGUGGAAGAGAGAAAACUCCUGCGAAUCAUUGCUGAGGCUGAUGGGGAGAGGCUGAGACAGAAGAAGGAAUUAGACCAGGUCAUCAGCGAGAGAGAUAUCCUCGGGUCUCAGCUUGUCCGGCGCAAUGAUGAGUUGGCUUUGCUCUACGAGAAGAUCAAGAUCCAACAGUCUGUGCUGAAUAAAGGCGAGAUCCAGUACAACCAGAGGAUGGAGGACAUGAGAAUUCUCAAACUUGAGAUUAAGAAACUUCGCAGAGAAAAGGGGAUUCUUGCCAGGAGUGUGGCUAAUGUCGAUGAACUCAGGCAGGAGCUUUUCCACAUGCAAAGAGAAUUCUUGAAGGAGAGGACACGAUGUCGAGCCCUGGAGGAGGAGUUGGAGAACCCCAUGAACGUGCACAGAUGGAGGAAGCUUGAGGCCAGUGACCCCAGUACCUUUGAGCUGAUACAGAAGAUUCACACCCUGCAGAAACGUCUCAUCGGCAAGACGGAAGAGGUGGUUGAGAAAGAGCUGCUCUUGCAGGAAAAAGAGAAACUGUAUGUGGAACUAAAGCACAUCCUGGCCCGGCAGCCCGGUCCCGAGGCCGCAGAGCAGCUACAGAUCUACCGCCACACGCUGCGGGAGAAGACCAAGCAGCUGAAAGUUUUGUCUUCAGAGUUGAAUAUGUAUGAAUCACAGAGCCAAGAAUAUAAAUAUGAGAUCGAGAAACUUACCAAUGAAUUGAUGAACUUAAAGAAGAAAUACCUAGCUCAGAAGCGUAAAGAAUACAUUCAGAAAAAUAAGGACAGAGUACCCAUGGAUAACACCUUCUCAACGGCCAAGCCAACUGGCCCUCGUUUUACUGGGGGUGGAUUUCCCCUCAACAGGCCAUCCAAAGUGAAGUCCUAACCUGAAGCUCCUGGCUGGGUGCAUUGGAACAGCUCAUGAAAUUCGCUUUGAAAC